GGCUCGUGCCUUAUCAUGUACCUCUGAACAUCACGAGGUAUUUACGUGAAGAAGUGUCACUGGUGCCGUGGCUUGCAGCCUUCAACAACUUCAAAUACCUGAACUCGAUGCUCAGGAGUAGCCCACUCUAUGGAGCUUUCAAAAAACACCCACCCGAGGUGGAAGCUAAAACCUUAGUCACUAUCAGAAAUUGGAACAUCGCACUACUCGGCGUUGAUACCAGUUUUGAUCGAGGAGGAGGAGCGUUCUGUGCGGCAGUGCGGCGCGGUGGAGAGCUCGUUUGGACGGCCGUGUGGCGACUCUUCAGUCACACGCCCAACCCUGCACGGAGGGAGGCCCUCGGCCAAGCUUUGGGCUGCACCAGGGAAGCUUGGCUAAUCAAUAGGUACCUGCAGUCCGGACUACGAGGCGCAGAGCUCGUGGAUGCUCUCCGCUGGACGCGUCAAACAGACGUCGGUCUUGAGGUCGCCUGGCAGUACGUGUGGAACCAACGCAAGGUCCUCAUACGAACACCUGAAGUCUUUCCAAGCAUCAUCAAAACAUUGGCCCAAGACUUCCAUACCGAGCACCACCAGUUCAUGUUAAGUGAACUGUUGAAGUUGACCUCAGUGGACAUCCGACACUCGCUGGCAGGCGUUAUCCAGGCAGUCGAGAACAGCGUCAACUGGCACCAGCGUAGCUACGCUCAAAUAAAGCGGUGGCUGGAAGAGGCCGGCUUCCCUGCCGGCGUCGGAGAAACUUUCAACUACAGAGCUGCCUAGAAGUUUUGUAAUGCUGUUCAAUUCUCGAUGGAAACUUUCUUAAAGGCUCGGUCGCAUCAUUGGGAUUCGUUUGCAUGUAGGUGGGAGCGCUAAAAACGUAAUUUUGUGCAACUUUGUAAAACUGAUUGAUAUAGAAUAUUCUUAAUUUGACAUCUGAAAACCAGACAAGCGUACUAAAAAUGUUAAAAUAUUCAAUAUCUCACUUUCAACUCAAUCAUCAGUAAUGGUUUCAAAAUGUGAUAUAUCUAGAGUAUUCGGACUUCUAGGGAUGAAAGUGGACAAGCCUAAACUACGUAAGUUGUUGAUGAAUCCUGUGGAAUCGCAUUAUUAUUAUCCAAUUCAUCGUUGUUGGAAUAUAAAUUUAUCGAGUAGAACUUGACUUGAAUUGUAUUGUCAUACCGCGUGCGUUCUAUUUGAGGUAGGAAAUCAAUAUAUAGGCGAGAAUAUCAUCAAUUUAAUUUCUCGGUAGCAUAUAAUUUUGGCGUAAAUAAUAUAAGCGCAGAUGGUAGUACUCACACCAUCAGCUACACACAAUAUAUACAUUCACUAACUGGCGUGUCACUUUGCUGGUGCCACAGCACAGCGAAUGGCGUCUAGUAAUUUUGGUCUACAUUUAUGUGCUUAAAAAACAACUGGAAUUUUUUGUGUCUUUGUAAUCGAUACUUUAUUUGUUAGCAGAACAGAUUGAAAGUAUCUUAAUUCACACUUCUGAGUUCACA